GAAGCAUGAAGUGAGAGAAAACAAAACUAAAUCAUAUCAGUUUUUAUCGUAAAAUGGCAGAAGCCAGUGUUGCAGUGGAUCUGAACCAAUUCAGCUGUCCAAUCUGUCUGGAUUUACUAAAGGAUCCAGUGGCUAUUCCCUGUGGGCAUAGUUACUGUAUGAGCUGCAUAAAGAGCUGCUGGGAUCAGGGGGAUCGUCUUGGAGUUUACAGCUGCCCCCAGUGCAGACAGACCUUCACACCGAGACCAGUUCUGGGCAGAAACACCAUACUGGCUGAAGUACUAGAGAACCUGAAGAAGACUGGACUACAAGCAGCUACUCCUGCUGACCAUUUUGCUGGACCUGGAGAUGUGGAGUGUGACGUCUGUACUGGGAGAAAAUACAAAGCUGUCAAGUCCUGCCUGGUGUGUCUGGUCUCCUACUGUGAAUCUCACCUCCAGCCUCACUAUGAGUCUCCAGCUUUUAAGAAGCACAAGCUGACUGAUGCCACUGGACAUCUGCAGGACAAGCUCUGUUCCCACCAUGACAAACCCCUGGAGGUCUACUGCCGUACCGACCAGCAGUGUAUCUGUUAUCUCUGUACGAUGGAUGAACACAGAGGACAUGAUACAGUCUCAGCUGCUGCAGGAAGGGCGGAGAUACAGAAACAAAUGGGUGAAACACAGAGGGAAUUUCAGCAGAGAAUUCAGAAGAGAGAGAAGGAGCUGAAAGAGGUUGUGGACUCAUUGACAAGCUUAGCACAGUCAGCAGUGGAGGACAGCGAGAGGAUCUUCACUGAGAUGAUCUGCUCCAUUGAGAGAAGACGCUCUGAGGUGACGAAGCUGAUCAGAGAUCAGGAGAAGACUGUAGUGAGCCAGACUGAAGGAGACAUAAAGAGACUGAAGCAGGAGAUUGGUGAACUGAAGAGGAGACACUCUGAGCUGGAGCAGCUUUCACACACAGAGGAUCACAUCCAUUUCCUCCAGAGGUACCAGGGUCUUCCUGUCAGCCCUGAAGCUGGAUUUGGACCCAGAAUCUCCGUCAGUCCACGCUGCUCUUUUGAGAAUAUGAGGAAGGUGGUUUCUGAGCUGAAGGAUCAACUGGAGAAUGUUUGCGAAAAGAAAAUGGCAGAGAUCCAUCAUACAGUUACCAAAGACACCGUCCUACCAGUAUUAGUGUCCACGACCAGAUCAGAAUUCUUACAAUCUGAUGUGAGGAGUCCUCUAUCCAGAGUCAACCCACACAAGGCUGCAGGACCUGACAACAUACCUGGCUGUGUGCUGAGAGAAUGCACUGACCACCUGGCUGGUGUCCUCACAGACAUUUUAAACACCUCUUUAAACCACUCGUCUGUCCCAGCAUGCUUCAUAUCAACCACCAUCAUCCCAGUGCUGUAGAAGCCGUCAGUGACUAGCCUGAAUGACUACUGCCCCAUAGCACUCAGGUCAAUCAUCAUGAAGGGCUUCGAAAGGCUGGUCAUGGCAGUAAUACAUAAAGACCAAUCUUCCUACCUCUCUAGAUUUGCAUACCAGUUCAAUAGGUCUACUGGGGACAUCACCUUUCCCUUACACAUUUGCAUAAGAGAAUCACAUAUGUUAAAAUGUUAUUCAUGGACUUCAAUAUGUCCCUCAAAGGCUGAUUGUGGAACUGAGAGAAUACGCUAGGAACACCACUCUCUGCAACUGGAUCUUGGAUUUCCUGACAGAGAAGCCUCAGUCAGUACGUAUGGGCUGCAGCACCUCCUACACCAUCACGAUGAGCACCGGAGCUCCGCAAGGCUGUGUGCUUAGUCCUCUGCUCCUCACCUUGCUGAUCCAGGUCUGCACAGCCACGCACAACACCAACCACAUCAUCAAGUUUGCGGAUGAUAUGACUGUGGUGGGACUGAUAAGCAGAGAUGAUGAAUCAGCAUACAGAGAAGAGGUGGAAAGGCUGUCCACAAGUUGCAGAGACAACGAUCUAUCUCUCAACGUUGAGAUGGCAAAGGAGAUAAUUGUGGGCUUCAGAAGGACACAUCCUGCCCACACCCCACUCAGCAUCAACGGUACUGCUGUGGAGAUUGUAAGGAGAACCAAGUUCCUCGGUGUGGACAUAUCUGUGGAACUUACAUAGACAAAAAACACCACCUCCUUAUUCAAGAAAGUCCAGCAAAGACUAAACUUCCUGAGGCGGCUGAAAUAAGCAAACCUUCCCCUCCCAUCCUCACCAUGUUCUAUAGAGGCACCAUCGGCAUUGUUCUGACUAACUGCAUCACCAUCUGGUGUGGCAGCUGCAACAAAUCUGACCACAAGUGCCUGCAGAGAGUAGUGAAGACAGCAGAGAACAUUAUGGGAUGCCUCUCCCUUCCCUACAAGCCGCUUUUUGUAAACGCAGUGUCCGCAAGGCCUGCAGCAUUGUGCAGAACCCAUCACAUCCCUCACAUGGUCAUUCCACACUCCAGCCACCUGAGAGAAGAUACUGCAGCAUCAGAGCCGGGUCUGCCAGGCUGCGUGGCAGUUUUUACCCCCAGGCUGUCAGGCUCCUCAACACCAUGCUGCCCCCCAGGAUCCCUCACUCUGCCUCAUCACUGCCUCAACCCCCCCUUACCUUACAACUAAAGGCCACAGACUGACCCUUAAGCGCUGCACUGCACUUAACACUUUGUCACUCUGACAUGGGGGCAAUAAUAAGAAUCCCCAUUAUUCUCUGUCUGCCCCAUUAUUCUGCUUCUACUCCUGUUUUCAGCUGUUAGAAAUUUUAGACAAGUUACUGCUGUUACUACUAUUACCAUACAUUGUUUUACACUGUUUUGAACUCAUGCUGUUACAGUGUGCAUGAUGGUGAAUUUCAUCUCUCUGUAUACUUAUAUAUGGUGCAGAUGACAAUAAAGUUCACUUUGAUUUAGAA